CUCAAGUACGCGCACCCAAACACACGCAUUGAGACACAUAAAGGGUUUUAUUUUCCUUUAACAGCAUGUUUUAAGAUCUACAGCUCGGAUCCAUAUCUUUAAAGGAUCAGUGUUUGUCAGCUGCUGAAUUACAUAUUGAGAUAAAGAACAGGCUUAUAAACUCAUAAUCAUGGAGAAAGGGAACCAUGGUUAUUCUCAAUUGGAUCACUUCCUUCAAAGUCAAGAAUCCUCUGUGGUGAACAAGUUCCAGCAGAAAUACUGGAAAACCAAGCAAACUUUGAUCAAAGUCACGGGGAAGAAGGAGGAUGAACACGUUGUUGCUUCCGAUGCCGACCUGGAUGCUAAACUUGAGGUGUUUCAUUCUGUACAAAGAACAUGCAUGGAGCUCCUUAAGGUGAUUGAACACUAUCAAAGAAGGAUCAGCCUUUUGUCCCAGGAGGAGAAUGAACUGGGUCGGUUUCUGCGUUCCCAGGGUUCCCAGGACAAAAGUCGAGCUGGAAAGAUCAUGCAAGCGACUGGGAAAGCUCUCUGCUUCUCCUCUAAACAAAGGCUGGUACUGCGCGGACCGCUGGGUCGACUGUACCAGGAGGUGGAGACGUUCCGUUACCGAGCGAUCUCAGACACGUGGCUGACGGUGAACCGGAUGGAACAGUCACGGACAGAGUACAGAGGAGCUCUGCUCUGGAUGAAAGAUGUUUCUCAGGAGCUUGACCCAGAUACACACAAACAGAUGGAGAAGUUCCGCAAGGUUCAAACUCAGGUGCGUCAAACCAAGACGAGUUUUGACAAACUGAAGAAUGAUGUGUGUCAGAAGGUUGAUCUGCUUGGAGCCAGUCGCUGCAAUCUCCUCUCGCACGUCCUGACAACCUAUCAGACCACACUGUUGCACUUUUGGGAGAAGACUUCUCACACUAUGGCCGCCAUUCAUGAAAGCUUCAGAGGUUGCCAGAUGCAUGAGAUUUCAACACUGGGGGAUCCAAAGAGCAAGAGCUCAGAUCCAGCUGCAAAGAAAAAGGUAAAGAAGAAAAUUAAGGCAAAAGCAGAAGACGAGGAAAUGAGACAGAAUACAGAUGAAAUGCUUAUUUCAAUUGAAGAAGAAAAUCACAGUAGGACGUCCACACAAACAGGAAAUGAUGAGUGUUUGUCCAGCAGUCAGGAGAAGGAUGGCUUGAGUCUGUUGAAUGAGAUUCUGGGCAGCAGUUCUCUGGAUGAGAGGGGUUUCUCGCAGGAAUGGCGUGAUGUGUUUGGUGAAGAUGAGCCGACUGGCCGUAUCAGAGCAGAGGUUCAGACAGAGGAGGAUGAAUCUGCUUUCUUUCUGCCAUCCAAACUGCUCGAUCAAAACAUGAAUGAUCUGCAGUCUUCAGUCUCAGGUAGGGCAACAGCCAUUCCACAGGAUAUUUCAGAAACCUCUGUAGCAAGUGAAAACUCUUCCAAACCUGUAGUCAAAGAUAACACCUCAAAAGAUCUCUCAGCUUGGUUCAACUUGUUUGCCGAUCUGGAUCCACUGUCAAACCCAGAUGCGAUUGGCCGGACAGACGAGGAACGUGAGCUGCUUAAUGCAUAAUCAGAUGGACUUUAUCGCUCGUUACACAUACAGCAGUUCACACAUGUAAGAGGCCUACAGAUGCUUGUAUUAGGCAGAUAUCAGAUAUGAUUUCUAAAUGCCAUAACCUUAAUUAUUUCAUGAAUAAAUAUUUGCUGCCAAAAUAUACCAGUAAUAUUCACUCUGGCCUUGAUUCCCAAGCUGGAAGUUUUUUCUUUCCAUUGCUAGUUUUAUCGAGGCUGUUUGGUUUGCCAUGACAUUGCAGAUUUUCCAUGUAUUACAUAAUCAUGUAUACUUACAAUAUUUUAUCAACUAUCCAACAACAUUCCACUACAGUAUGUUAAUAGUUAAUUUUUUGGUUUUGUAUAUUGUAAUAUUGCAUGUAUGCAUAUCUUUUGUUUUAUCAUUAUUCGUUUUAGAUGUUCAGCCUUGAUUAAUCUAGAUAGAGUAACAAAAGAAAGUGGAAAAUAUUUUUGAAAAUGUUCUCCCUAAGCCUGUUUUGGUAAAGAAAAGGUAUGGAGUGGUGGUGGUGUAGUGGGCUAAAGCGCAUAACUGGUAACUCAGAAGGUUGCUGGUUCAAUCCCCACAGCCAUCACCAUUGUGUCCUUGAGCAAGGCACUUAACUCCAGGUUGCUCCAGGGGGAUUGUCCCUGUAAUAAGUGCACUGUAAGUCGCUUUGGAUAAAAGCGUCUGCCAAAUGCAUAAAUGUAAAGACUGCAUAUUAUCUUAGUUUAAAACUAAUGCUGCAUUUCAAAAGCCUUAAAGAAGAGAGUUGUUUAGGCAAUGUCAAUAAUAAAUUUAUUUUAAUGAAGGUCAGAUCUUUAUCACAUAGAAACUGUAGCUAAUAUGAAAGCAGCCAUUGAUUAGUCAAGCAGUUUAUAUUUGUUUUAAAUGGUCUUGCUAUUGUUCUAGUCAAGAGAUUACCAAUUCAAAUGCUGGGAAACAGCUUGGUCAAACCAGGCCUGUGUUACAUAAACAUUUAUCAUUUAGUAUUUGUUGGUUAACUGUAUUUAUUAUAACCUAGUGAUGAAUAUGUGUAUAGGUGUUCCUGAAAGUAGGGUCCUAUUACCUAGAUCUUGACAUUCACCAUGACCCUACAAAACUGACAAUCUGCACACAUAAAAGUGCAAUAGGGAUGCAAUAUAAAUUCAUUUUCUUACAUAUAUAAACAGUAUACUGUAUAUGUACACUACCGGUCAAAAGUUUAGGGUCACUUACUCAUUCUUUAUUAUUAUUAUUUUUCACAUUUUAGAAUAAUAGUAAAGUCUUCAAAACUAUGGAAGAACAGAAAUGGAACUAUGGGAAUUGUGUUGUGACUAAAAAAAUUCCAAAAGAAUACAAAACUAUGUUAUAUUUUAGCAUCUUCAAAGUAGUCACCCUUUGCCUAGAAUUUGCAGACAUGUACUCUUGACAUUUUCUCAACCAACUUCUUGAGGUAUCACCCUGGGAUGCUUUUUAAACAGUAUUGAAGGAGUUCCCAUCUAUGUUGGGCACUUAUUGGCUGCUUUUCUUUAUUAUUUGGUCCAAGUCAUCCAUUUCAAAAACUUUUUUUUUAUUUAUAUUUUUUAUAACGUGGUUUUGUAAUGAAAUAAAUUAAUAUGUUAGCACAGUUAUAUUUUUGUCUACAAAACUAAUUUCAAACAUUUUAGCAUACGCCUUCAAAUCAAAAGAUUUUUAAGAUCAUGAGAAACAUUUCAAUCAAGUGACCCCAAACUUUUGAACGGCAGUGUAUGUAUGUACGGUAUAUGAAUCCACAAAACACCUAAUAUAAAGUGAGAACAAACAGCCUUAAUGAAUAAUAUUAAAUAAUAUGAUCAAUGCUUUCUUAGACAAAAGAAAACAAAUGCGUAAUAGUCCUAUAUUAACCACUUCACCAAAAAUUGGUAAAUUGUUCUGUAUUUAUGUUAUAUUAUUGCUUUUUACAUUUUUUUUCAUUAAUCACAAUAUGGAUUUUACCCUGAACGGCAUGAAAUGAAUUACUAAUAAAAGAAUAUUAUAAUCUUA